UCCUUACAUGUCUGGCACACACUUUGGACUUUGAUCGUCCUCCACUCUUUUACUCUCUCUCUCUACUUUAUUUUGCCAAGGAGUUUAGAGAGAGAAAGCUUGGAGGGGUCAGUCAUGGUUUCCUUUCUCUUACUUCUGCUCCUUGUUCCAAUCUCACUGCACUAUUUCUCUUUCCUCUCCUUUGCAUAUCCUUUUGGAGUAUCAUACUUCAUCGAUUCUGGUGGUCUCAGUAACUUCACAAGCCAGUUCAACCAGUCCUGGAUCUCAGAUAGGUUCUACACUGGUGGUGCCCCUGGGUUAGUUGCCGAGCCCCACAAUUUUGAACAAUUGCAAGAAAGGACCAUCCGCUUCUUUCCCAUUUCGUUCGGCAAGAAGAACUGUUACAUAAUCCCUGUUCCCAAUGGUCGAUACUUCAUUAGAACCUUCACUGUGUACGACAACUAUGAUAGCAAGAUGAACUCUCCCAGUUUUGAUGUAUCAGUUGAGGGGACUGAGGUUUUUAGCUGGAGGUCACCUUGGCCUGAGGAUGUAAGCAAGAACGGGGCUUAUUCUGAUCUCUUUGCCUAUAUUAAGGAUGGCGAAGCCACUGUAUGCUUUUAUAGCAUAGCCACUGAUGCCCCUUUGAUUGGAUCUUUGGAAAUUGUACAGGUCGAUCCUCUUUCCUAUGACUCUUCAACUACCGGGGAGCAUCUCAUAUUGGUGAACUAUGGACGUUUGACUUGUGGAUCCAAUUCCUUUGGGUCAGGCUUUAGCAAUGAUACUGAUUAUUUCGGAAGAGCUUGGCAUUCAGAUGUAGAUUUUCGAGCAAAGAAUUCAAUUAUGAAAUCGCUUUCAACAUUAAAGGACAUAAAGAGUACUGUACAACCCCAUGAUUAUACCCCUACCCAUUUGUAUCAAACGGCUCUUACAACUACUUCCAAUUUGAAAUUAGAGUAUUUAUUACCUGUGGAUACAAGGUUGGACUACAUGGUCUGGUUCCACUUUGCUGAGAUUGAUCCUGGGGUCACUAAGGCAGGACAACGGGUGUUUGACAUAUUCAUCAAUGAGGAUAAUGUGAGCAGGAUUGAUAUUUUCAAGGAAGUGGGUGGUUUCACUGCUUUUAGGUGGCAUUACACUGUGAAGAACUUGAAUAGUACAACAUUAAGCAUACAGCUUGUUCCGGUUGUUGGCACUCCCCUGAUUAGUGGUCUCGAGAACUAUGCUCUGGUCCCAUUGGAUCUUUCCACUGUUCCUGAACAAGUUCUUGCUAUGCGAGCAUUGAAAGAGUCCCUUAGGGUACCUGACAGAAUGGGUUGGAAUGGUGAUCCUUGUGCGCCUUCUACUUGGGAUGCUUGGGAGGGGGUUACUUGCCAUCAUAAUGAGAAAGAAUCUGGCCUUGUCAUCACACAACUGGACCUCGGAAGUCAAGGUUUGAAAGGAUAUAUUAGUGAGCAGAUAAGUCUUCUAUCAAAUUUGUUAAGCUUGAAUUUAAGUUCUAAUUCCUUAGUAGGUAAUUUGCCUUCAAGAUUGGGACAUGGGUCUCUUAUAAGGCUAGAUCUAUCGAGCAAUCUAUUCACGGGGAGCAUCCCUGAUAGUUUGGGCUCCUCAAAUCUUCAGCUUGUGUUAUUAAAUGGCAACGCUUUGGAAGGACAAGUCCCUAGAGCACUGUACUCUAUUGGUGUACAUGGAGGACUAAUUGACCUUUCUGGAAACAAAGGGCUGUGUGGUGUGCCUUCCUAUCCAGCCUGUCCAUUCUUUUGGGAAAAGGGUGGUUUGUCAACUGCUGCUAAGCUCGCCAUAGGCCUGUCAUGUGUGAUGGUCAUCUGUAUAAUACUACUGCUGAUAUACAUGUUCUGCAUCAGAAAAGGGAGAAAUGAUUAUGACUUUGGUCUUCCCCAUGAUUUGAUCUCACUUGCAGCAAAGAGAAACAGGUACCAAAGACAAAAGUCGUUGAUGCUUCUUGAGCUGGAGACCCAGAAUGCUAAUGGAUUCUCAUCAAACUUGAGCCCUAUAUAAGCGUGAUCUCUUGGGAGCAACUCUGAAGCUCUUAUCAAAGCUAGUGAGGGGAAGUCUUUUCGUUGAACUCCCUUUGUUUAUCCACCAUGACCAAGUUGCGCGCACUCAUCCAUCAUCAACUGAUCACAUCCGAUGCUGAGGGCCAUGUCACAUGGGAUUGCAAAUGUUGAAUGGGCAUCUGAUUCACUUUGUAUUCAUUCGUUAUCACGUGGUAGAGCUCGAAAUACAAGUGGUCAGGAAACUGGUGUUCUUCUAAUUUGGAGAAUGCCAGAAAGUUUUCCUAUCUUUUUUGUAUUAUUUAUACACAAUGGUCAUAAAAUUCACACUUUGUGCAAUAUCUUCAUAUUGCUUCUAAUUUUUUUCUUUUUAUUUCUUAUCUGUCGACCUCUUCGACUUAGCUCUUAAUUUCAUGGUCAUAGGAGAUUGGUCGAACAGGAUACAACUCAUCAUAUUUUAGCUGGAAAUGAUAAUCAGACUCUAAUAUUAUAGCAA